AGCCACAAAGAACUUAGCUGCUCAAAGAAGAAGAAGAAGCAAAAAAUGGCUUGCACCGUAGAUUUCCGGUGCCUUGAUGAAGGAUUCGGCGGCAAAACCUACAAACGAAAGCGCGAAUCUCAGGAACAAGCUGCCGCCGAAGCAAUCGCCGAUGAAGCGUCGAUGGACAUCGACGGCGGCGAUCUGAUCCGUCCUCCAUCGGCGAAACGCAGCGCCGUCGCUUCCUCUGAAGAUCCAGACAAACCUGUGGCUGUGGCGAUCGGGAGACCGACAUACGACGGUGUAAUCGCCGGGAAAGUUUCCGGACGGACGUGGAAGCAGCCGCGAACUCACCGAGCGUCGGGGAGGUUUGUGAGGAACAAGGGACCGGAUCUGGAGGAGAUGAAGAGGCAGAGAGAGAUUAAGAAGGCGUACAAGGAGAGGAUUAACGAGCUUAAGGAAGAGAUUAGGAGUAAUAAGGUGGAGAAGAGGAAGAAGAGGGAAGAGAGGGAGAAGAGGAAGAAGGAGAAUAUCUUGAGAACUGGUACCAAGUUGCAGAAGAUCACAAACCCUAAGACUCUGAAGAAAAUUGCCAAGUCUAAGCAGAGGAAGCAUCUUAAAGUUAUUCCUGAUGAGAUGUUAAACGGGAACAAGAAGACCAUCAAGAAUUAGUGAAAUUUUUCUUUCUCUUCUUACACAAAAAGGUGAAGUUUUUAUUUUCAGUUUUGUAUUUUCUUGUGACGUUUAGUCAAAUGUUGUUAGUUAACAAUCUGCUGCUAAGAACCAAAUUUAAUAGUGAGAUUUUGCUUCAACAGAAAAAAAAAA